CAUAACCGUAGGACACACGUCAACUGUCUCAAUCACCAGCAAGUCACGAAAGGAAAGGAGAGAAGGUUGAGCUGGAGUUUGACAUCCGUUAACCUCUGGAUGAGCAUCAGACUACUUUCACUUCAAAUCACUGAGGUUGUGGGGUUGUAGAAAAUGUUUGGAUUCAUGAAAAAACCUAUACAAGACUGUCUUGUGCAGCAAAGAAGCCACAAGACCAGACUAGUGAACAAAGAUGGUCGCUGCAAUAUGGAAUACGGAAACUUCAAGUACAAUAAUCACUUUGCUUUCCUGGCUGACUUCUGGACCACCUUUGUGGAGAUCCGGUGGCGUUAUGUCAUCUUUCACUUCAUCAACUCUUUCACCCUCAGCUGGUUCAUUUUUGGCCUGCUGUGGUACUGGAUUGCCCGCAUGAAUGGAGACCUGACGUGGCAAAAUCCCCCAUCAAACCAUACUCCAUGUGUUGAAAAUGUUGUAGGGCUCACAACAGCAUUCCUCUACUCCAUUGAAACCCAGUCAACUAUUGGGUAUGGUAGUAGAGCACUCACCCCUAUCUGCCCAAGUGCUGUGGCCCUUCUCAUUAUCCAGUGCAUCCUCGGAGCUAUUAUCAACUGCUUCAUGUGUGGAGUUGUCCUGACCAAAAUUUCUUCACCCAAAAAGAGGGCUAAGACCAUCACAUUUAGUGACAUGGCUGUCAUCAGCCCAAAAAACGGUUCUCUUUGCCUGUCAAUCAGAGUGGCCAACCUGCGCAAGACCCUGAUGAUUGGAAGCCAGAUCUACGGCAAGCUGUUGAGAACAACAACCACACCAGAUGGAGAGACAAUCAUCAUGGACCAGGUGAACAUUGACUUCAUGGUGGACGCCGGCAAGGACAACCUCUUCUUUGUAUGUCCUCUCACGCUCUACCACACCAUCGACAAGAGCAGCCCCUUCUUUGAUAUGGCAGUGGACACGCUCCACAAACAAGACUUUGAGCUGGUUGUCUUCCUAGACGGCACAGCAGAGUCCACCAGCUCUUCCUGUCAAGUCCGGACUUCUUUUGUUCCUCAGGAGAUCAUGUGGGGCUACAACUUCUUGCCCAUCAUCUCCAGAAGCAAAGAGGGCAAGUACAGGGUAGAUUUCUCCAACUUCUCCAAAGUCAUGCCAGUGGCCACUGCACACUGUGCCUACUGUUACCACAACAUCAAGGGUCAUCAUCACCACUCCAGAGAUGGACAUGAUAACCAGGGAUUUCAGGUGAUUGAUAUCAGUGAUCCUCCCAGUGUCACCAAGAUGUGA